CGCGCCGCAGCCGGGGGGAGGUGGAGCCGCUUUAUCGAGAGCCCAAGUGGAAAUUUCCCCCUCAGUUGCCGGCUCCGCCGCGGAGGAGACGCCAGCAAGAGCCGCCCGCCCGUGUCGCCCCGUGCCGCGUCCCGCCCGCCGCCAUGUCCAACUACAUCCACGUCCCGCCCGGCUCCCCGGAGGUGCCCAAGCUGGACAUCACUGUCAGCGAGCGGGAGGGGCCCGGCUACCGCCAGGGCGCCCUGCAGCUCCUGCGCCGCCUGCGGCCCCACUGGAGACCCGAGGAGGUGACGCUGCAGCUGUUCACUGAUGGAAUCACCAAUAAAUUAAUUGGCUGCUACGUGGGUGACAUAACAGAUGAUGUCGUUCUAGUUAGGAUCUAUGGAAAUAAGACCGAGCUUUUAGUAGAUCGAGAUGAGGAAGUGAAGAGUUUCCGUGUGUUGCAGGCCCAUGGCUGUGCACCUCAACUAUACUGUACUUUCAAUAAUGGCCUGUGCUACGAGUUCAUGCAGGGAGAAGCACUGGAUCCAGAGCAUGUAUGCAAUCCAGAUAUUUUCAGACUCAUUGCCAGACAGCUUGCUAAAAUCCAUACUAUUCAUGCACACAAUGGAUGGAUCCCUAAAUCUAAUCUGUGGCUGAAGAUGGGGAAAUACUUCUCUCUUAUACCCACAGAAUUUGCAGAUGAGGAAGUAAAUAAAAGGUUUUUACGUGACAUUCCAAGUCCUCAAGUUCUUCAGGAAGAGAUGGCCUGGAUGAAGGAAAGACUGUCAAAUUUAGGAUCACCAGUGGUACUCUGUCACAAUGACCUGUUGUGUAAAAAUAUUAUUUACAACAAGAAACGAGGUGAUGUGCAGUUCAUAGACUAUGAGUACUCUGGAUACAACUACCUAGCUUAUGACAUUGGAAAUCACUUCAAUGAAUUUGCAGGAGUAAAUGAGGUAGACUACAGCCUUUAUCCUAACAGAAAAUUACAGGAACAAUGGCUGAGAUCUUACCUUGAGGCCUACAAAGAAUAUAAAGGAUUUGGCACAGAAGUCAGUGAAAAAGAAGUUGAAGUUCUAUAUGUCCAAGUCAAUCAGUUUGCACUGGCUUCCCACUUCUUUUGGGGAUUAUGGGCUCUAAUUCAAGCCAAAUAUUCCACCAUUGACUUUGAUUUUCUAGGGUAUGCAAUUGUUCGGUUUAACCAGUAUUUCAAAAUGAAGCUGGAGGUCAUGACACUAACUCUUCCUGAGUAAUGAAGAGGAAGAAACUUACCAAGUGGAUAGACAACCCCUGAAUCUUUUCUGAGAAUAGAUACUGAAAAAAAGCUAAACAUUUGUUGAAGUUCUGUAAUGCUCACUUGGUGGUUCUUGCUUUAUAAAUAAUGCCUCUAAACAGUCCUUCAAUGUUAAAUUUAAUAUGAAGAUCAUACGUACUGCUGUUGAUAUAAAACGGAUUAGAAACUUGCUAAAUCUAUAAAAAGUUGUAGAAAUGGCAAUUUAAUCCUUCUCUGUAAUUUAACAUAUGUUGUAUGUGAAUUAUUUAUUACAAGUUUAACAUGAUUCCAUUGCUGCUUUCAUCAUUUUUGUAAAAGUUGGGUGCAGACAGUGAAGUUGUUCCAAAGGAUUUGUUUAAACAACUUAUUUUAUUGAAGUUGCAUUAACUUAUAUUAAAGAAAACAUGGUCAGAGAAUAUUAAUGUUUUAGAUGUAUACAAGCAAAAUGAGUGAUAAUAGACUUGUGAGAUCACCACUGUGGUGUAACCAGGGAAAAAGAUUAGGAUUAUCUUUAUUUUUUUCCCUCUUAAAAAAAAAAAAAAAAAAAAAAAGUAGCUUUCCAUAUGAUGGUACUUUUCUUUCGUAUAAGAAUCAACCAGCUUGCUGAAAUGAUAAAUAACAUUUUGAUUUUUCCUUCUUGAUGCAUUAAGCUGUAGAAAUGCGAAAGUUCUGUUGGCCAUCAGAUUCUUUGAGGAUACGUACCAUCAUAGUGUUAGAUGGACAAGGUACCAUCUCUAACUUCUGUGUGGGAAAGCUGCUUGUUUAUUAAGUGUACUUUUAAAGCAAAAGAGCCCUAUUCAAAAACUAUAUUCCAUUUUGAACCUUGAUUCUAAAUUUGAACACUAUUCUGGUGUCUAUAUUUGAUGUGCUUCAGCAGUAUCUAGCGGAAUGGACUAUUGAACUGAAGAUUAGUGAACAGAGAUUCUGUUGCACUGGGGAGCAGACACUUAGGUUUACAGUUCGUAUAUUGUUGACAUCUUUCUGCUUUGUCAUCUUCUAACCUUGGAUUCUAGUCUUAAAUGCUUGGUCCUGUAGUUGCAGAUUCUGGUAUGUCUGGGUUUUUUUGUUUUGUAUUUUUGGGUUUUUUGUUUGUUUGUUUUUUCUGUGGCAGCGAAUUACUUUUCAAAGUCUCUAGUUUGAAGGAUAAUAUGGAAAAGUAUAUGACUUGAACAAUGGGGCUUUGAUCGUCACACACGUUUUCUUUUCUUAAAGCUAUGAUACCAAGAAUGGUCUGGAUUACAAAAUGUGAAUUGAAAAGAAAAUGUUUACUUAAACAAUGUAUAAUUUCGUGUGGAAAAGAGGCUUUAAAUCUGGAAGGGGGGGGGGGGGGGGGGUGGGAGGAGGAGAAACCCACAACAGACAAAUAAAACCCAACAAUGCAGUGUGGAGUUGGGCAGGCAUGUACUCAACUCUGACUAUACUCUGAAAAACUUUGCACUUUGGUCACAUAAGUGCCCACAUGUACAAAGUCUGUGUGUGUGCAUAUACACGUGCAAACACAAACUUACCUGAAGAGUAAAUAUUGUGGGGAGUCUGUUGUACAGACUCCAGCAAAGAUAUUUAUUCAAAAUUGCUUUAUGGCACACUGCUCUGUGUAUAUAUGUGUAUAUGUGUAUACACACAUGCAUACAUAUAUAUACAUAUGUGCUUUACAAAAGCUUGGAUUGAUUCAGGACAAAGAAAAUUGAUGUGAAUGAAAAAUUUUCACAUUGAAAGACCAUUUUGAAUGGCAUUCUGUUAUUUUACAAAAGCAAGGUUUGGGAUUUUUUUUCCUCUUGUUUAUAUUCAUCUCUCUUUCCAAUUUUUUUUUUUUUAUUUCCUUCAGUCAAAACCUUAAAAAUCCUAAUACAAAUGAGAGAACUGGGAUUUUUUUCUAACUUGAAGUUAGGUAACCAUUUUCAUUAGCAUUUGUUAGCUGGAGGCUACUAAACUGGACAAAUUUUCAUGGUAGUUAAAUAGAAACAAAUAGCUAAAAUAGACAUUUAUGUUUUCCUUUGUAGCAGUUAUCAAGGAUGUUGCUAGAGCUCAUGAAAGCACUGAAGACUUUAAUCUUCUGUACUUUCUCCCUGUUGACGUUAUUGACGUAUGUUGAAUAAUACCUUGCUGUCUUGGUAGUAGUCCCUUUAAGUUCAGCAAGAUUUGCUUGGAAGUAAGAGUGAUAAAGAUUUUUGAACUCUUACUACUAUUUUCUUCAAGUGGUGGCUUUAUUUCUGGCAGUGUUGCUUUGUAUCUGUGAAAUAUUUGAAAAAGGCUGUGAAGUUCACUUGGUCUUGGGAAAUCUAACACUUGACAUCCUAACUUUUCCAACAGUUGGCAAAACACAUUCCCUUUUCAGGUACCAGUACUAUUUAAGUUUGGAGUUAGUGUAUUUUUUACAGUAGUAUUUUUGUUUGUAUAGCUCAAGUAGCAAUAACUGUAGGAGCGGAAGCUUGCUUCUGCAGAACCAAAGCUCUUCAUGAGUGCAGCUCAAUCUCAUUCUUGUGGAGUGAAGUUCCACUGAAUCCCAUAAAAGCACUUUGAAGCAGAUAGUAAAUACUGCAAGCUUUUCCUGAGCCACUUUGAAGAAGCACAAGGAUCAUCACAGGUUGCAGUGGUUGACUUUGCAGUACUGGUAGAGGCUCUCAUUUUGCAUGUUGAAGUUGAUUUUACACACUGAAAUGCUGCUUUGCAUCAGCUUUCUUUCAAGACAAGUGCAGAUUAAAACAAUUCUUGAUAAGUUCCGAGGAAAUACUGUAAAACAUUUUCCAAAAUGAAAUGCCAGUUACCUUGAGCCUUGUUCCACAUCGUUUGAGCCAGUAGCACUCAGAUAUUCUCACUUGCUAAGGAAUAUCUACAGAUGUGUUAAGCUUGAAGUAGUAGUUUGCAAUAGCAUUGCAGAUUAUAAGGUAGCUUGAAACUGUGAAUACAGGACCUUCUGAAUGUAAAUUAGGUACUAGAGCACCGAACUAGAGAACAUGUACUUGUUUCAAUUAAUUUAUCUCAGUCUCUUUAAUAGAAAUGUUAAGAUACUUGAAGGAGGACAGAAAAUGACUGAGCUCUAGAAACAUCCUGUAGUAGUUUUGACUGUGACUUGCCAAGAAGAUAUUCUGUUGCCUUUAUGUUAAGCUAAGGGCACGAAUGCCAAAAUUAAUAAUUCUUACUGUAGUUAAACCUAUAUUGUAAAUAUGAAGAGAAUUAUUAGUAAGGGCAUUCUUGCGUAAAUAGCAUCAAGUCAAUAGACCAUAGUGGCCUGGUUGCUUUUGUAAAGCAGAAUAGUGUGAAUUUUUUUCUUCUCAUUUCUGCAGUCAGAUCUGGCUAAUCCAUGCCUAAUUUCUUAGGUCACCUAAGCAUUACAGAUUUCUGAAUGAUAACUAGUCUCUUGUCACAUAAUUUUAAAUUCCUUCGUUUACACUUUUGGUUUGCAUUUUAAAAAGGACUUACCAAAUUUGCAUUAACCAGGUCUGACUGUAUAUGUAUAUACAACAGUGUAAAUAACCAUUUGUAAAUUAGUGUGAAUUGUACUGUAUCUUGCAUUUAUGGACUCGUGUAUUGCAUUGUAUUCUCUCCGAUUUUGUAGAAAUUUUGAUGUAAAGAAGAAAUCUUAACUCUGUGUGCGGACUUCUUUUGUUAAAUUGACCUGUAACAGAGCAUAAUAGUUUUUUGUUAAGGUAUCCAUUUAUAGCCUUGAGUGUCUGGUGUCUUUUUUUCCCCGUUAGCUUUUCUGACAUCUUGCUCUUGGGAAUGAUGCUGGGAAUAAAGGAAUUCGUACAGAACUAAGAUGAAGAGAAAGUCUAUUCUAAUAAUAGGGCAAACUGUGUCGGAGGUACAUGUAGUACCUGUGGAAUAGGGAAAGCUGUUAAAAUUGUUUAAACUUCUAAAAAUUUCCUAUACGUUCUCAAAUGCUGGUGACUUCUAAACAUAAGCAUGUUGAAUUGAAGUACUCUUAAAGUGUGCGCUCCCAUGGUUACAGCAAUUGAGUUAGUUGUGAUAGAAGUCCCCCAACUUAAAUGUUUUUGGUUAAUAUAGCCUUAUAAUAGGAUUAGUUGCUAACUUGUAAAUGUUCAUAAUAAAUGCCCAAAUCACUAAAAUAGUUCUACCAGUCAUUUUCCUCAACACUAGAACUAUUGGUAGCCCCUUUAGACUAUUUGAAACUUAACUGAGGUAUUUCCCCUGUGUGCCAUUCCCUCCCCCUCCUCCCUGUGUCCACAACCCUACUUCAUUAGGGGAAACAUGAGUAUAGAAGUUUCCUUUCCAUGCUUAAUCAUCACUAUUUCCUUUUGGACUAAAAUUGUGUUCUAUUUAGUCAGUACAUGACUUCUCAUCAGAAUUUUUUUGUGUAGGAAUUCCCUUUCUGAAGAGGCCUUUAAUCUUGGAAGCACAGACAUAAUGAAGCAUAGUUUUCCCAAAUGCCUGACUGUUUCAUUACUGUUGCCUUUCACUGUCUGUUUUGAACUCCAUAGUGUCCUUCAAGAUGUUAGUUUAUUCUUGUCACUGCUGUGUUUAAUAACUCUGCUGGAAAAUACUGGUGUGUAAAUCUCAUUGUCCAUCUGACAAAUUGAUCUUGAUACAGUUUGUAGAUCCUGUCAGCUUUACCUGCUCUGGAUGAAAGGUAUGCAUGCUUAUCAGUGUUGACAUGUUAUGUUACUAGGGUCCUGGGAAGUGAGUUUAUCAAAGAAGUGUUAGUCAAGAGGAGGGAUGGGCUCAUUGAAUAUAACUAAAGGGAAAUAAUUCACAUGGAAACUUGGGCUUUUAAUGUAGCAAGGUAUCGGAUAUGCUUAUUUACUUGCAUGGUUUAAGGACAAGAGUGAAUAGUAGAAGGUAAAGUUUGUUUCGAAAUGAAGUUCAGAUUUUUUAACAGCCUUUGGCAGCUAACAAAAGCUUACAAAAAUAUUCUUUUGUUACUCCUACCAGAAGAAAUCUUAAAACAAAUGUAGGUAACUUUCUGAUUAAACAGAACUUUGUUCUAUAACCCGGGGGAAUAUAAUCUCUUGCUUGGUGUAGUCCUUCCUCUAAUUCGCAGAGGAGGUUGACCACAUCUUACCUGUCUGUGUUUGAGGUGGCUGUCUAUUUUUGCUUUGUUUUAAUGUUUUUGUGUUGUUUACUGUGUUCUUGGAUGCCUUCUGAGGUGUGCUAUAUUACUAAACUACUGGAAUUGGCUACCGUCUCCUAUCAUCUCUUCCACACCUGGCAGGUUGUAAUUAUAGUAUUAGAACACAAAGCAUUUGAGCAAACCUUGAGGUCAUGCAAGGCUGAUGUUGAGCAGUCUUGCAGCUGAUUCUUCCCCCCUCCUUUUUUUUUUUUUUUUUAUUACUGUGGGCUGCAAGCUGAUUGUUUUCAUUAGUUGUGAAAGAUGGGAAAAGCCAUGACCUUUGGUAUUGUGCAAGGUAGGUGUUCUGUUAGCCAACUGCACAACUUUUAAGGGGCUCUCAGCAGUGAGAAACCACACAAAUCCAGUUGGGACAUGUUGGAAGAAACCAAACUUUGUGGCUUAUAGACCUCUGGAAUGGAAAGGAAAAUGUGUGAAAUGUUUGCAUGUGCCACGUGUAUGGAGGUGCUCCAUCUAAGUGAUGUGGUGAGACACUGGAAAAAGCAUUGGUUUGAAUUUUUCUUUAAAGUGACUUUUCCAGUUGGUCUGAUCUGUAGAGAUUAAGUUCCUGUGAUUUGGAAACCAGUCAACCUGGGUGGAGAGAAGGAAGAAAUGUUCCAAAAGGUUAUUAAAAAAAAUCCCUAUGGUGUUGAUCAAUUUGCAACACUUAAGUGUGUGUUGGGCUUUUCUGUGUAUUUAAUAGUGUAGGUGGUGGUCUGCAUGAGAUUAUUUUAUUAAAGGGUUUUAUUAUUAUUGUGAAAUGUCAGAAAACUGACUGAAAUGGCCCUGAAGCCUGUUACGAUCUUGGAACUGGCCAGACUUCACCAGUUGACCAAACUUCUGGUUCAAGGUUUUACAUUAGCUGUUUCUGUAGCCUUCUAAAAUAGUUGAGCUCCUGUCUCUGGUUGCCUAUGGUGUGCAACUUAAUUCAUGGACUUCCCAAAUAUGUUUGAUUUGAUAUUUAUAGAGAGAUGACACAGAGAAAACUUGGUGGAAAUUAAAAGUUGUGUGAAUGUUUAGAAAGCAAACAAGUUACUUGAAAUCUAAUAAACUUUGAAAAUAAAUGCUGAAAUAGCUUCAGGUACUGCACCAGCCUAUUUUUGUUGUAUUGCAACUGUGUUUUUUCUAUGUUAAGUGGGUUUUUUGUUUUUUUUCCCCACAUAGAGAUCCAUUCAAAACACAAGAUAAGAGACUAUGGAAGAGAAACAUAAAAAUGUCGUAUAGAAUGCCAUAAAAUGCAAUGCAAACUGGAAAAAAGUAUAUGUUUCUAAGCUUUUGGUAGUAGUAAUUCUUAAGUGUUAUUAAAAAAAAUGGUAGGUGUCAAGUCUUCAGUGUGUGAAAGUUUGGUUUUUUUUUUUUUUGUAGAAAUGUUCUUUUUAACAUUUUGUAUCUCAGAUGCAGUCUGUGGUAGUUAAUAAUGCUGCUUUGUACACAAGUGCUUUGAAUAGUCUCAGCACCGAGAAUGUAUCCAAUCUUUCUCUAUCUCAAGCCUCUUAAUCCAGCUAUCUAAAAACCUUUAAAUACUUGCAGAAACAGGGCCAUAGCAUAUUAGGGAUAUAUUCCGUUUUGUGUCAUUUUUUUGUUACUGCUUAUUUUUCAGUGCUCUUUUAAACAAGAGUCCAUUUAUGUCCUGUGAAUAAAAUAAGCUCAAUUUACAAAUAAGCUUUUGUCAUCUUCCAGCACUGUCACCCCCCAAAAAGGUCCCCAUGACCCUUCUUGUGUGUUGUGGAGUUUAGAUGCAUCAUUUAUCCAUUAGAGUGAAUUGUAUUUCUUUUGAACUAAAUGUUAUUGAAGCUAUUAUAAGGCCUUCUACCACUGAUUAAAUGAAGUAAUGUACCUUUCAAAGAGAUUUAUAUUGUGUAAAUAAUUUCAAACUGCAACAAUAAAGUUUGUUUCUAAUGGCA